AUGGCUCUUCAAGAUGCCGGGAGAGCUGGCUGUACGUUUUGCAAGACGAUUUGGGCACAUCAUUGCCACUUCUGGUCUCGAAAAUCUUACAGCGACGUAUUCUCCGCCAAUUUUUUUGCAUGUCAUGAAUGGGAUACAUGUGCGUGCAGGAUAUAUAAAGGGCCGCUGCACUUUGUUAUCCACAAAUUCAUCAACGAGUGGCCAUCUAACAGCCCUCGAUUAUUAAUUCUAGGUAUGGCUAAUUCUGAAAAGUCAGAAAUCCCGGAUUUGAUAUACAGUCGUAGUCGAGUCAUUGCAGAGUUUGAAAUACGUAUUGCAAAGAGUGCAGAGAUCCCAGAGGAGGACACACAUCUCAUUGAAUGUCUCGUUCGGAACGCAUUGCCGUUUGAUCUGGGCUCUAAGCGGUGUCUCUCACUGGCGGCCAAAUGGCUAAGAAAUUGCCACAAGAAACAUAUGCAGUGUGAUAUGCUUGAAGACAGACCACCGUUCUUUCCCACACGCGUUAUUGACGUCGGCAAACCAAACAGAAGGCCUCAUUUGCAUGUUAGUAGGAUUGGCGAAACUGCGAAGUGGAUGGCUUUGAGCUAUUGCUGGGGCGGGGACUCCAGAUUUACUCUCAACUCCUCAUCUUUUGAUGACCUCCGCAGCGGAUGGUCUCUAGCAGGUUUCCCAGCUACCCUACGGGACGCUGUUCUUGUGACAAGAGCCCUGGGGAUUCGUUACUUAUGGGUCGACUCCCUGUGUAUCUUUCAAGAUGAUCCUAGUGACUGGGAGGCCGAGGCUUCAAAAAUGAGCAGCGUUUAUAAGCAUGCGGCUGUCACCAUUGCCGCUACGAGCGCAAGAACAGCUGAGGACGGAUUUCUAGACAAAAGGGCACCGUACUUUAGCAGUCAUUUUCCUUGGCGUCGACAAUGCCACCAAGGUAGCGGUAGCGUCCAGCACGUGUCUCGAGUUGAUCCUGUUGUCUUUCAGAGUCAUAGGCAAUUUUAUCACCAGGAGCCGUUACGGCAUUCGCGCUGGGCCACCAGAGGCUGGACACUUCAAGAGGAGCUACUGUCGAAAAGACUUUUGUAUUACACAGAGGAAGAGAUGAUUUGGAGAUGCUACGCCGGGAAGGCUAGAGAACCAGCACAGAAAGUUAACGAUGGAGAAGACGUGUAUCCAGAACCCCUGUGGUUUACACUAGAUGAGCCAGAUGGCAACUACGCACCACAACCGGCUUACGAAAGCUGGAUUCGGCUACUAGAAGAUUAUGCAGCACGGAGUCUCUCGUUUGAUAAGGAUCGCUUGCCGGCGAUUGGGGCAUUGGCAGAGUCGUUCCAUGCUCACAUGAAAGAACAGUACUGUGCGGGUUUGUGGAGGGGUGACAUCUUAUUUGGCUUGCUAUGGAGCAUUCAACGUUGUCACGGGACAGAAAUCUCUGCUCCGACUAGUGUUUCUUCGAAAGAACGCCGGCCGUCGUGGAGCUGGGUAGGAGCCGACGGUUGUGCCAAAUUGAAAUGGCCCACUCCAGAUUUUCGUUACUGUAUGACAUAUCUUGCAAUAGUUGCCCAUUGCCAGAUUUACCGCAAGUCUCACGACAUCUUUGGCCGUAUAGAAGGCGCAGAGCUUGUUUUGAAUGCACCAUAUCGGCAUGUCUGUCUUAGACCCGGCAGCUAUUCGAAGUCCCGAUGGAAUCCCGUGAGUUUGGCGCAGAGAAUGCUAACGCAACUUGGUCCGUUAGCAAGUACGAAGGAGCUAGCACAGAUCGCCCUUGGAAGACCUGAAUACCUUGAAUCAACGGAAACCAGCGGCUCUGUCACCGUUCUGAGCAGCAGCACGGAGUUCACACUGAUCCAGAUUGCAAAGGCGGACCAUUGGUACACGCCUACGCUCUAUCUUCUCAUUUUACAGCCACUUACGAGACAAGUCGCCCAGAGCGAAGAGAUGCGUCGUUAUCGUAGAGCUGGACUGCUGCGGCUUUGCUCUAAAAGAGGUGGUCUUCAAUCUGAUGACUUCCGUGCCGCUGAAUCUGUCGAGGGAACAUUGACAGAACGCUUGGAGGAUGCUGCAUAUUGGGAAGUUAUCCGAGAAGAAUGGCCAGUUGGGUCCUUUCUAAUUGAGUGA